AUGUGCAACGAUUCAAUCACCAAUAUAAAAUACGAUGAUGAAUACAAAGUUUGGACUAACUUUUCAAUACUCCAUAAGAACAAGGUGUACGAUUAUACUGAGUAUCGAGUUCUGAAUACAGAUAGCAUAAAGAUUUGUAACUCCACUGAUAACAACGUACGGAAUAUUUGGAAGGAUCGCAAUAAAUGGAUAAAGGCGACAAUACAUCAAAAAAGUUGCAAUAAACCCAUUAGAGAGUCUUGGUUGUACCGACAUUAUUACACUGUGAAUAAGCAGUUCACUGCCUAUUAUGCAGCUACGAGUCAAUAUUUCACAAGAAAUGAUUAUGGGGUGGAAGACGGUAAACCUUUUACAUGCGAUGAAAAGUUCAGACCUGAAUCAACAGAGUAUACUCAGGAAGAUCUAUUAAUGUGCAACGAUUCAAUCACCAAUAUAAAAUACGAUGAUGAAUACAAAGUUUGGACUAACUUUUCAAUACUCCAUAAGAACAAGGUGUACGAUUAUACUGAGUAUCGAGUUCUGAAUACAGAUAGCAUAAAGAUUUGUAACUCCACUGAUAACAACGUACGGAAUAUUUGGAAGGAUCGCAAUAAAUGGAUAAAGGCGACAAUACAUCAAAAAAGUUGCAAUAAACCCAUUAGAGAGUCUUGGUUGUACCGACAUUAUUACACUGUGAAUAAGCAGUUCACUGCCUAUUAUGCAGCUACGAGUCAAUAUUUCACAAGAAAUGAUUAUGGGGUGGAAGACGGUAAACCUUUUACAUGCGAUGAAAAGUUCAGACCUGAAUCAACAGAGUAUACUCAGGAAGAUCUAUUAAUGUGCAACGAUUCAAUCACCAAUAUAAAAUACGAUGAUGAAUACAAAGUUUGGACUAACUUUUCAAUACUCCAUAAGAACAAGGUGUACGAUUAUACUGAGUAUCGAGUUCUGAAUACAGAUAGCAUAAAGAUUUGUAACUCCACUGAUAACAACGUACGGAAUAUUUGGAAGGAUCGCAAUAAAUGGAUAAAGGCGACAAUACAUCAAAAAAGUUGCAAUAAACCCAUUAGAGAGUCUUGGUUGUACCGACAUUAUUACACUGUGAAUAAGCAGUUCACUGCCUAUUAUGCAGCUACGAGUCAAUAUUUCACAAGAAAUGAUUAUGGGGUGGAAGACGGUAAACCUUUUACAUGCGAUGAAAAGUUCAGACCUGAAUCAACAGAGUAUACUCAGGAAGAUCUAUUAAUGUGCAACGAUUCAAUCACCAAUAUAAAAUACGAUGAUGAAUACAAAGUUUGGACUAACUUUUCAAUACUCCAUAAGAACAAGGUGUACGAUUAUACUGAGUAUCGAGUUCUGAAUACAGAUAGCAUAAAGAUUUGUAACUCCACUGAUAACUACGUACGGAAGAUUUGGAAAAUGCGCAAUAAAUGGGUAAAGGCGACAGUGCAUCAAAAAAGUUGCAAUAAACCCAUUAAAGAAUCUUGGCUGAACCGACAGUAUUACACUGUGAAAAAGCAGUUCACUGUCUAUUACGCAGCUGCGAAUCAAUAUUUCACAAGAAAUGACUAUGGGGUGCAAGACGGUAAACCUUAUGUAUGCCAAGAAAAGUUCAGACUCAAAUCAACAAAGUAUACAAAGGAAGAUCUAUUAAUGUGCAACGAUUCAAUCCUCAAUAUAAAAUACGAUGAUGAAUACAAAGUUUGGACCGACUUUUCAACUCCAUAA